CAGUAAUGGAAAUUUAGACUUCGAACCAAAAUUUGCAACCAAAGCAUGGGCUGACUUUUGUCACUGGCCUAAUCCAAAUUCCGCAGUUCGAGAUAAAAAAAAAGCCACAAAAAGAAAAGACAACCAUUAAAAUGAGAAUAAAUAAUACGCUCUUCAUAAAGACACAGUCGAGUCGCUUUUUCUCAUUUCCUUUUGUUGUGCAAGCUCUGUGUUAGCUCCGGCAGCUUUUGUACUCUCUCCAAUGGCGCACCUGCUCCGGGUCGGGAUUUCGGGUCGCCUAUCCAGUACCGGCGUGGCCGGAGCCUCACGAUCCAUGUCCACCGGGUGGUGGCGCCACGUGGAGCCUGCCCCCAAAGAUCCCAUCCUCGGCGUCACCGAAGCUUUCCUCGCCGAUCCUAGUCCAGACAAAGUCAACGUCGGCGUGGGUGCAUACCGUGAUGAUAAUGGAAAACCAGUGGUUCUCGAGUGUGUCAGAGAAGCCGAGAGGAGGAUAGCCGGCAAUCUAAACAUGGAAUAUCUUCCCAUGGGAGGAAGUGUGAAUAUGGUAGAGGAGACUCUAAAGCUGGCAUAUGGUGAAAAUUCUGAGUUGAUCAAAGAUAAACGAAUCGCGGCUGUGCAAGCUCUUUCGGGAACUGGUGCAUGCAGGCUCUUUGCCGACUUCCAAAAGCGUUUUUCCCCUGAUUCGCAAAUCUACAUUCCGGUUCCUACCUGGGCCAAUCACCAUAACAUCUGGAGAGAUGCCCAUGUACCUCAAAAAACAUUCCAUUAUUAUCACCCAGAAUCAAGGGGUUUGGACUUCUCCUCGUUGAUGGAUGAUGUAAAGAAUGCACCAAAUGGGUCUUUCUUCUUGCUUCAUGCUUGUGCUCACAAUCCAACUGGAGUUGAUCCUACUGAAGAACAGUGGAGAGAGAUCUCACACCAAUUCAAGGUUAAAGGACAUUUUGCCUUGUUUGACAUGGCUUAUCAAGGUUUUGCAAGUGGUGAUCCAGAAAGGGAUGCCAAGUCUAUCCGGAUUUUUCUCGAGGACGGCCACCUGAUAGGUUGUGCCCAAUCAUAUGCAAAAAAUAUGGGACUUUAUGGUCAAAGAGUUGGCUGCCUCAGUGUGGUUUGUGAGGAUGCAAAACAAGCUGUGGCGGUGAAAAGUCAGUUACAGCAGCUUGCAAGACCUAUGUACAGUAAUCCUCCUGUUCAUGGUGCCCUCAUUGUUUCCACCAUUCUUGGUGAUCCAGAUUUGAAGAAAUUGUGGCUGAAAGAAGUAAAGGGAAUGGCUGAUCGCAUCAUCGGGAUGAGAACUGCUCUUCGAGAAAAUCUUGAAAAACUGGGGUCACCUCUUUCGUGGGAGCAUGUAACCAAGCAGAUUGGCAUGUUUUGCUAUAGUGGAAUGACACCUGAGCAGGUCGAUCGCUUGACUAACGAAUUUCACAUUUAUAUGACUCGCAAUGGCCGCAUUAGUAUGGCUGGAGUCACUACAGGCAAUGUUGGUUACUUGGCAAAUGCUAUACAUGAGGUGACUAAACAUUCUUGAGAUUUGUUGCACGAACCUACAGACGUACUUCAUCUCAUCCUUGGAAUACCUCAGAAAUAAAUAAAGAAUUUUGCUCAAUUCUUCACAUUUCUUGCUGUAUCCCCAGAAAUGGAUUGUGUACGGCUUUUGAACAAAAAUAAGAUGUUUUGUUAAUCAAGAAAUUGCAACUCUCUUGACCAUCAAAAUAUUCACAUUGCCUUACAAAUUUUGGCUGCCGUUUAUGGGCAAACUUGUGUUGUUAUUUGUUAAACUUGUACUCCUUCGGGUGAAGUUAAUAUUCCAAAUGAUUUAUCAAUCUUGAGUUCUUGUGUGCCUUUUAUUUGGUACCAUCUAGUCCUCUUACAUGAUAAAUUGUAACGUUUUAAACUGUAAGUUUUCUAUUACAUGAUAAAUUGUAAAGGGAUGAA